GAAGAAGCGUCAUGGUCCCACGGUGGAGAGUAUGAAUGCGUGGCCCACAACGUCGUAGGAAACCGUACAGCUCACAUGACUGUUCAUGUUCAAGUGUCGUGCUGAGGGAAACCCUGAACCUACAGUGUUGUGGAGAAAACUGGACCAAGAUGGCCGCUCCGUCGUGGCAGGAGAGGGUGCGACCGUCUUGGUGGAAGAAGCGUCAUGGUCCCACGGUGGAGAGUAUGAAUGCGUGGCCCACAACGUCGUAGGAAACCGUACAGCUCACAUGACUGUUCAUGUUCAAGCACCGCCCACAAACCUGUCCAUGGAGUUGUUCCCGUCUGCUGAGUUUGAGAAGGGGCAGAACGUGACCAUCCGGAGCUGGGCUGUGGGCGUUCCCGCCCCCUCGGCCACCCUGGUGAGGCUACGGGACGGGGUGGAGUUGCACUCCUCUGACGGAACCUUCCACCUGGUCCACCUGGGCCCGGAGCACGCAGGGCUCUACCUGCUCAAUGUCACCAACGUAGUGGGACACCAGAGCCUCAGCUUCAGCCUCAGCGUCAGCAUCCAGGAUAAAUCCGUCAAUCCAAAGACCGUCAUCAUACCUGCCGUGUGCUUCGUUUCCAUGACCGCUGCUGCAGCGACUCUGAUGCGAUUCCUGAGGAGAGCAAAAAUGGCAAGUUCAUAUGAACUUGCAAGGACAGUUUAGACUCCCCCCAUGGAGGGAAGAGAGAUGGUCUCAACAUCAGUCUGCAAUUGAGCACUGUACACUGGAACAGUCCACUUCUAGCAUCGAGGGGGUGUUUUCCUCAGAGGUGGACAGAGCUGUGCUUUCGGCAGUGAGAGACUAUUCUUCGUUGCUAUUGGUCAAGUGAAGCUCAAACACGCACGCACUGAAAUUAUGGUCUCGAUUCAAUUCGUAUCGUGGAAGUUUAGCGCGAUUGAUAUGUAAAUAUUUUCCAAUUGAGCCGACAGAUGCAGCGGUUACCGUGAAUGCAGAAUCCGCGAACACGGGGACAUUGCCUUUUUAAAAUUCAAUUGCGCUACAGCGAUGAAACUUCCGCGAUACGGAUUGUAUCGAGGCCUAAUUGUUUGUUUAUGCGUGUUCUCUACUGAUGGAUGUACAAAGCCAUGAAUGUAACUGAUGAUUGCACAGAUAUGACUUAUAGCAUCUGAUAAUACCUUAUUAGUCAACCACCAGCCCAGGACAUUGUGUCACUGUAGCAUCAGACCUUCUUUCACUGAAGUUUAUAUUAUUGCUGUAUAUAAUAUUUUUUUAAUGUGAAUUAAUAUGUUUUGUACAGACUUAUUGUAAUA